AGAUAGAAAAGAGGUGACUAGGAGGUCCGCGGCUGGGAGGCCAGCAAACGACUCAGGGGAGGGGAGCUGGUGGCGUCUGAGGCUCACUGGUGGGAGCCUGGAUGCGUCUGCUCCCUGCUGAUUGGCAUCUUCUAGGCCGGCUAGGUCUCACUGACAGCCUCUCCAGCAUAAAAGGGGUCUCCUAAACUAGCCUACUCUGCACAGGUGACCAGGAAGGACUCAACUCCCCUCUUCUGGUCUGAAGGGCUAAGAAGCAUGACUGGACGGGACGCGCUUUCAGAUGGACGCUCCAGGAGUAGAGCCUUGGCGCCAGGCUGUCCUCCCACCGGCUCUCGCCCUCGAAGCUUCGCCAUCAACGACCUGCUGGGACUGGAGGCUGACCUGCCGACUCCGGCGGGGCCGGGGCUAGGAUCCAGCUGUGAAGCUUCAGCAGAGGCCGCGGAGCCCCGGCCGGCACUCUGCGGCUCUUGCUCCCCACGCGGGGCUUUCCCGCUGGGGCUGGGUCUCCUCUGCGGCUUCGGGGCGCAGCCCCCGUCUGCGGCUGCUGCUCGGGCGCGCUGCUUGCUCCUCGCCGAUCUGCGGCUUCUGCCGCCCGCGGGACCAGAGCUUGCGGCCGCCCAGACCCGCGCCCGCCCGCCGCCUGUGCUCGCCGGCCAGCAGCGCAGCGAGAGUGUCUCCACGUCGGAGAGUCGUCUUCUUACGCCAACAGAUGGAGACAGUCCAUCUGAAGAAAAGAGUGACCUGAAGGUGUCCCCUACCCUGGGCAAGAGGAAGAAGCGGAGGCACAGGACGGUUUUCACUGCUCAUCAGCUAGAGGAGCUGGAGAAGGCAUUUGGCGAGGCUCACUACCCUGACGUGUACGCGCGGGAAAUGCUGGCCGUGAAAACAGAGCUCCCUGAAGACCGAAUACAGGUCUGGUUCCAGAACCGGAGGGCCAAAUGGCGUAAGCGAGAGAAACGCUGGGGCGGCAGCAGCGUGAUGGCAGAGUACGGACUCUAUGGGGCCAUGGUGCGUCACUGCAUCCCACUGCCUGACUCUGUGCUCAACUCUGCGGACAGCUUACAGGGCUCCUGCGCACCCUGGCUUCUGGGGAUGCAUAAAAAAUCUACAGAGACGAGAAAGACAGAAAGCGAAGACAAGCUGGCAAGACUCUGGGUCUUUGACCAUCUCAAGGAAGGUGCUAAUGAGGGUCAGGAUGGGCCUGAGAGAGGUCUGGAGGAACCGAGCCUGAGCCCUGAGGAUAGCUUGGAAGGAGUGGCCAUUGACCUGUCCAGCUCUUCCAGGCAGGAGACAAAGAAAAUGCCCCCGGGGUCCAGUGCUCAGAGAUGUCCUCAUAUCCCAGGGCUGCGUGUGCUCCAGCCCCCAAAGGAGGGAGCCUCCUGAGACUGACGGAUUGCUCCCAGAAAGUCAGAAGUGAGCAUAUCUCUCACGUGCAUUUUUCCAGGAGACACAAAUGGUCCAAGACAAACACCUUGGGUUACAUUUUCUUCCGGAAACAUCUGGAUCAGAGGCAGCACUACGCUGUCGCGUGAAUGACGAUGUAGGGAAGGUCCAUUUGAUUCCAGAGUGGGGAACGUUCUGGAACCUCUCGAACCAGUCGGCUUGGUCUAAACACCCGUUUCUUCUUUGUAGACUUUGAACAGGGAGGAGUUGAAGUUCAAAGGUAAUUUUAGGGACACGGUAUCAUGUAGCUCAGUUGACAGUACACAUGAAGGCCUGGAUUCAAUCCCUGGCACCACAUAGACCAGACAUGGUGGCACACUCCCAUAAUCUAAUACUCAGCAGGUGGAGACGAGAUCAGAGAUGUUCAAGACCAUCCCAGUUUGAGGUGGA